AUGCCCUUGAAUAAAUACCCAGACAACGAAGAAGUCGACAAGAUGAACUACGAGAAGCGAUUCCUCAUAGCAUGCACCUGCUUCAAGUCCUGUCUCUACGAGGAGCUUCGAUUCCUGAGUCUUGGAGAUGGUCUCCGCUCCGAGAUCAUUCCAACCCUCCACAAGUUGGUGAAGCUGCUGAAUGCUAUCUUCCUUCUGGGCGAGGAGAUGGCACGCACAUGCCCGGAUUGUCGCACUGUCCAUAACAGGCCUACGGACCACUUCUUGGCCCAAUUCGAGCGUCUGUGUAAUAACCGCAUUAUGGUUCCUUUAACGCAGGCUAUUGCUGACCUUGAGGCGGAUGAGUUGUUGCCAGAGCCGAAGGCGAGCGUCGACUUUUAUGUGUCUUCGGAUUUGGAUGAUUGUCGUGCGGAUGCUAGUGUCUUGCUCUCUAGUGACAAGCUGCCUCGGGAUGUGACUAACGGCGUUCAGUUUCAGAGCGCUUCUCGCCCGUGA